CCGCGCAGACGGCGACGGAGGGACAAAGAGGGCGGAGCGAGAGGACGGGGGACCGACGAUCGGGCAGUCUCGUCUCGGAGCGCGGCGAGGAGCGGUCCGUCGGCACCGGGACACUUCUCCAGCAGACUUUACCCGUCACCCGUGUUUGUCACUGACUCUUCGCGUGAACUGUGACCGCACUUGUGAUAGUGAGCUGCGGGUGUGCAAACAGCGAGACUUGGCGUCAGUUGAACUGAGCAGCGAGUCGUGGCGGACGAACAGAGCCCUCCCCUGGCGGGGGACGGCAGCGCGGGGCCGCGCCUGAGGCGGCCGCAGCACCUCAGCCUGGCAGGAGGGAGAGCUCCGCUCCAGCAGGCGGACAAGAUGUACUCCAGCUCGCCAAGAAGCACGCCAACGCGGCGGCAGUCGUCCGCCAUAGAGCACAUUCCAUUCAGCACGAACCUGUCGCACCUGUCUGCCGAACUGGCGCGGACGGACAGCGCCGCCAGCUCCCCCUGCCGGAGCGAUGUGUCAUUCGGCAGCCACUCCUUCCGCGAGCAGGAGCACCAGAAAAAGUCGCUCGAAGAGGAGAACUUCAAGCUGAAGCUGCGCGUGUACAUGUUAGAGGAGCGACUCCAGCGUCAGGACUCCAAUGACGGCUCCAUUAAAGCCCUGGCUGAACUCAAGGUGCAGUCGGCGGCACUGCGGGAGGAACUGGCCCAGAAGAGCGCCCUGCUGCGGCGCGCCUCGGAGACGCUGGAGGCGCUGGAGCAGCGGCAGAGCGAGCAGCAGUCGCGCGCGUGUCAGGAGGAGGCAGAGCGGGCGCUGCUGGAGGACACGCUGGAGGAGCUGGAGGCGCAGUACCGCGCCGAGCUCGACCACCACCAGGCCACAGAGGCCGAGAGGAGUCGUCUGGAGGCCGCCCUCCGAGCGCUGCAGACGGAGCAGCGGCGAGCCGCCGCGGCGCGCGCCGUCACUGAGGCCGAGCGGGCGCAGCAGGAGAGGGACUGGGCGGAGGAGCGGAGUCGGGCGGAGCAGGAGAGGAGUCGGCUGCAGGAGGAGCUGGAGCAGGAGAGGAGUCGGCUGCAGGAGGAGCUGCGGGACCUCCAGGCGAGACUCGAGGAGGAGGCGCGGCGCGGCCAGCGACUGGCGCAGGAGAACGCUCGGCUGGAGACGCUGGCCGGCCGCCGGUCACCGCAGGAGACCAGCAAUUCUCAGGAGCCCCGUUCCGCCCCAGCUGCCGGCGGACAGACUGCAGAGGGGCCGGGGUCGGAGGCGGAGCAGCUGCGCCGGCAGCUGGCCGCCGUCGCCUCUGAGCGCCGGCUGGAGAAGGCGAUGGCGGCGGCUGCGCUGCAGCUGCAGCUGGAGCGGGUCCGCUCGCUGCAGGCCAGCGUGCAGACUGUGUCGGAGCAGCUGCGCCGCGGUCAGACCGAGCUGGCAGAGUGCCGCGCCGAGCGGGACGGCCUGCUGCUGCGGCAGAGACGGCCGUCCGCGUCCCUCGAGUCACAGGCCGCGGCGUCCAGCACCGAGGGUGUCGAGGUGAUCCCCGAGCCGUCGUCUCGCUCCGAGUCCCGCGAGGACCUCCUGCAGGGCUCCGAGAGCCCCGGUGUCGACCUGGCCACCUGGCUGGGCUCGAUGCCGCGACUGCGCUCCGAGAGCCUGGACUUCCCGGCGGCCGGCCUCGCACACGGCCUGGUUCAGGAGCAGGAGGGAAAGGAGCUGGAGGAGAGACACGAGGAGUUGGAUCAGUCCGCCGUAGAGCUGAGGAGUUCGCCCCUCACAGCCAGUCCGGCGCCCCUGACGGCGGCAGGACCGAUGUCGGUGUCGUUAGCCCGCUGUGACAGUCUGUUCGUCCCGCCGACGGCCGAUAACAGCGACUGGGAAACGUGGUCCGAGCCGGACCGCAGCGUCAGCCGGGCCAGGAUCGGACUGGAGAGGAGCUCGCUGGAGCCGCCGCCGGCCGAGGCCACCACCGACACCGACACCCGGACAGGCCGCUCCAUCCACCGGCACUCCUCCACCGAGCUACGGGAACUGGAGGGUCGGAUCGAGGGUCUGCGACACGUGCGGGACGGCCUCUGGGCAGAGGUGGCCAUCUGCCAGAAACUGGUCACCGGCGCCGGGGACACCUCCCAACAACAGGGUGUGACGGUGCCGGUGGCGGUGUUGGAGGACGUCCAGCAGCUCCACCGGCGACUGGAGGACGCCGUGGCCGCCAGCGGUCGACUCCGCGGACGGAGGGAGGCCGAACGGAGGUCCCCGCCGCCGCCCGAACUGACACUGGCGCUUACCAUCACCCAGGAGCAGCUGGCCGAGAGCACCCAGCAGCUAUCGGCUGCGCAGCAGCGCGCUCAGCGGCUGCGCAGCCGGCUGCAGCUGACGCGCGACCGGCUGCAGCUGGCCGAGCACGAGCGUCAGCAGCUGCAGCAGCAGCGGGACGAGGCCGCCCAGCAGCUCAGCCGGCUCUCGGAGCGCCUCGAGCAGACGGAGGCGGAGCGGGCCCGGCUGGCCGAGGCGGCGCGCCGCCAGCCGGACCGCUCAGACGGCGGCGCGCUGCGGCGGCUCCAGCUGCAGCUGCAGCGGUCCGAGCAGCGACAGCAGGAGCUGGAGCAGCUGGUGCGCCAGCUGUCGGCACAGCUGCGCCAGCUGCCGACGGCCGGCGGCGGCGCUGCAGCUGCCGAGCAGCGCGUGCGGCACGCCGAGCAGCAGCUGCUCCAGCUGGGCAGGCAGCGGCUGCGCGUGCAGACCGAGAUCGCCCGGCUCCGCAGCCGCGCGCGCCUGCUGCACAGCCGGCAGAGCGUGCACGAGAGCCAGCGGGCGGAGGCAGAGGCCGAGGAGGCGGCGGCGGCCUUGGCGGAGGCGGCGGGUCAGUCCGACCACAGUCACUACCAGCAGCAGCACCAGCAACAUCAACAACAACUGCAACAGUGUCAGCAGUCUCAGCAGCGACGGAGGCGGAGGAGCAGCAACACACCAGGUCCAGAGGAGAGCCGACUGGUCAGGGAACUCACAGAACAACUGGAAAAGGCGCGAGCUCAGAUCGAGAAAAUGCGCGCCAACGCCCACGACUAUGACGAGGCGGGCCACUCGUGUCCGGAGUCGACACGCAGCUGUGAGCUGCCGCUGGCGCCCUCCUCCCCGGGCGGGCCGCGGCUCAGCAGCCACUCCGAGUCGGACCCGCUCGAGCCGCUGCGCACCAGCUGCGGCCAGCCGGCCUACUCGUCGCCGGACCUGGGGAUCGAGUCGGACUGCCAGCGCUGCUCCUCGCGGACCUCCAGCACCACGGUGCUGUCGCAGCGGCUGAGCGUUACCGAACGGACGCCGCUGCCGUCUGGAGGCGAGGCCACUCCCGUGGCGGGGGCGGGGGCGGGGGCGGCGGAUCCGGGCGCCCUCGCCUCCACGCGCGCCGCCCUGCACGAGGCGCUGUCUCGCCUCAGCUGGAGCGAUUACAGCAAGACAGCUCAGAGCGCCGCCUGUCGGCGUGUCGGACAAUUUCAGCUCCUGUCCCCGCGCACCAGAGGUGCCCUGCGCCGGCCGGUCACCGGGGCAGUCAGUCCCGCCGCGAGGUGAUGAGACAAGAAAAUGAGGGGGGGAGGGGGUCAUUUUGACGGAGAAGAUCUCGGGGAGGUGGGAUGGAGACGGACAUGUGCCAAAUGAGUGACUAACCUUGCCACCAGCUGGAUGGUAGCGUCUUCCUUUCCAGUGAUAUCGCGCGGUCGUGGUGAGGUCAAAUGUGAUGUAUUCGUUACCAAUGUUCGCUGUGGGUAUCGACUAUGUUAGAAUGAGCUGAAGAGUGUCUCCUACUCCACACGUUCCGCCUGAGUGGACCGUGUUGUCGAUCACAUGUAAGGUGCCAAUGUUUGUGUGUACUGGUUACCGCCUGUGGCCCUGUUCCAGAUGUGAUGACGCAUUUUGAUACAUGUAUUAUUCCUGAA